CUAGUAACCAAUUAUGUACUUUCACUAAAUUAUUUUGACAAAUUCUGAUUAAUUUGCUAUGGACCCCUUUUUAACUACGUAUAGAAGAGAUUUCUACCCGAAACGGGUGAAAACAGAUGUUGUGAAGGGGACGCAAGAGUUUAGUGAUCCCCUGGGAGAAUCCUUCAAGAAUUACUUGCAGCUCAGCAGCGAUCCAACAUCCCCCGAACCGCCGGUUGUAGACGCCGACACCUAUCUACACUUGCACGAAGAAAAUCACCCAAAGCUUGCACGAAUGCAUUUUAAGGAACCGAUUAAUAACGAAGUUAUGACUAAGACGUUUAUUUAUAACGGGAGGACAGUUUACCAAAUUGACUAUUGCGAUUUGGAGAAGGAUAAUGCGUACAAAGAGGAACUUCGGAAGAAAAACAUGUUUAGACUACCGGACGACUGGGACAUUCCCCUGACAUCGCAAAGGUAUGCUCAUAGGGAUCCUGUCGUGAUUAACCCUCAAGCAAUGGAGCCCCCUAAGAGAAUUAAAGUCGCAAACAAUUUGGAACCUCAACCACACAUCCGCAAGAUUCUCAAUGUCACGACUGGUAAAUCGGAGUAUAUGGGAAUGAUUGGUGAUUUAGGUGAACUGAUUAUGAAUGAAGAGCUACAUGGAAAGGUGGUGUUGCAGUAAUUUUAAAUGACAGAAGAAAUGAAUUACAAUAUUUGUCACAUCUGACAUUUCUGCUUAAUAGUGAUCGAUUCCUUUAUGUUUCACUAUCUGAAUUAUCCUUACAAA